UGUGGCGAAGCAAGAAACCCCAAGAGUGUAAACACCUAGGUGAGGUUACCCAGAAAAAUAUAGCGAGCGAAACGUUUCUUCUUCAAGCUUUUCUGCAAAAAAAAACUGCGUUUUGAUCGGAGUGUUGUUCUUUUUCACCCCCUUUUCAUCUCCAUAAAUCCCGCUUCUUUGAUCCCUUUCUGUCAUCAUCUGUCUUUCAGAACUUUUUAAGUUUGGGUUAUUUGGUUGGUUUGUAGAGCUGUUUAUUGUUUUAGAAAACAAGCAAUAACCCAGAAGGGUGUUUUUGAAAGUCGGGUGAUCCAGAAUAGAGAUCCAGGUCUGAUUUCUCUGUUUUUAAUUUUUCUUUCUCGUGUAAAUUUCUGGUUUUUCAUUUAAUCAACUAAAGGGGGUUAUUUUUGGUCCCUCUGGUUGUUUUUUUUUCUUCAUUUUUCAAUCUUUAUAUAGGAUUUCUAUCUAGAGCCUUUUCACCAGUUUUCAUAAUUUGAUAUAGCUAUUAUCACCUGUUCUUUACUUUUUUAAGGCACAGGUUUUCAGAUCUUUCUGGUUUUGUUUUAGAUCUUCAGAAAUUUGCUAAAAAAAAUUUCUUUUGAGAAGACAUGGCAACAGCUAUAGAUGUGUAUAAUAGUAGCAGCAGCAACACAGGCAUGAUUUUCUCAGAUCCUCUGAGAGAAGAGCUCAUGAAAGCACUGGAACCUUUUAUGAAAAGUUCUCCAUCUCCAACUUCUCUCUCUUCUCCUUCUUCCCCAUCUUCUUCUUCCUCUUUCCCUUCUUGCUCUUUCUCUCAAGUCUUUUCCAAUUCUCAGCCCAAUUUCUACAAUCCUGGUAUUUACUCCCCAUCGAGCUCCCACAUGUUUUACAGUGGGUUCUCGAGCUACACCUACCAAAAUCAAAUGGGUAUGGAGCAAACAGGAUCGGUUGGGCUCAAUCACCUUACUCCAUCUCAAAUUCUGCAAAUCCAAACUCAAUUUCUCCUUCAACAACAACAACAGCAGCAGCUAGCCACCAUGGCAGCAUCUAAAUCAUCAACGGAACAUAACCGGAGCCAGAGCCUGAGCUUUCUCUCCCCAAAACCUGUUCCCAUGAAGCAUGUUGCUCCUUCUCCUCCGUCAAAGCCCACGAAGCUUUACAGAGGAGUGAGGCAGAGGCACUGGGGCAAAUGGGUGGCCGAGAUCAGACUCCCCAAGAACCGUACCCGUCUAUGGCUCGGCACUUUUGACACGGCGGAGGAGGCUGCUCUGGCUUACGACAAGGCGGCAUACAAGCUUCGUGGAGACUUCGCGAGGCUCAACUUUCCCCAUCUCAAGCACCAAGGCGAGUUCGGCGACUACAAGCCCCUUCAUUCCUCUGUUGACGCUAAGCUCCAAGCCAUCUGUCAAAGCUUGGCUGCCAAUUCUCAAAAACAGGGGAACUCUGGGAAGCAAAGGUCUGUUCUCGGCGAUGAAAAGACCUCGACCGUAAUAUCUCCGAAUCAGCCGUCGAAGAUGGAGCAGGCGCUUGAACUGGAUUGUCCGGUGAAGACUGAAUGUGGGUCUCCGGGAUCGGAUGAUUCGAAGGCGGAAAACUCAUCAAGAUCAUCGCCAGAUUCAUCCGACGAGUCCUCUGGUUCGUCAUCCCCUGAAUCAGAAAUGACUUUCUUUGAAUUCUCUGAUUCGCAGUGGAACGAGACAGAGAGCUUCGGAUUAGAGAAGUACCCAUCGUUGGAGAUUGAUUGGGAAGCUAUAAGGAAACUAUCCGAAUAUUAAAUUAUGGUGUAAUAUGGAUUUAGGUUAAAGUACUUUUUCUUCUUGUUGUUUGUUUUUAGUGUGGAAGGUGGCCUCUGCAAUGGAAUUUUUGACAAUUGCAGAGGAAAGUAGAGAGUUAGCGGUGUCCAGCUGUGUCUCCGUCAUGGUCUUGCUGGUAAUUUUAGUCCUUGCUUGACCGUGGAGAGGUUUCUUCUUCUUAGUAUGCUAUUAAAUUUUCAUAUGAAUGUAAAGUUAGUGUUUUUGUA